AUGAGUUCUUCAAAUUUCCCAGAUGGUUCUCGAGAAAACCCAGCGAUUCUCCCUGAAUCCGACCCUGCCGAAUUUCUCGAUGGUACUCUUGAGAACCCAGCGAUUAUCCCUGAUUCUGAUGAUGACGACGAAGAAGACCCUUUACCUAAUUUCGUGGGUUUUGAUUCACUUAUCCAUGUAAUUGAGGCAAUGCGGAAUGAAGGGUUAUUAGGGUCUCGUAACGAGCAUGAAGAGAAUCAGAAUCAGAGGAGAAUUGACGAAGAGAGGAGGCAAAGGGAAGAGAAUCUGAGGAGGAUUGACGAAGAGAGGCAAAGGGAAGAGAAUCUGAGGGAGAAGAGGAGACUCGAGGGAGAGAGGGAAAGGGAAGAGAGAGCGAAACGACAUAAAGAAGAUGUUUAUAAUAAAGCUAAGAACUUUGCUCUUGAAUUGCAUAAUGAUCUAAAUCCCAAGAAUCUUCAGAAACAAAGCAAAGAAGAAGAAGCAGUGAAAGUUAAAGAAGACGCAAAGGGGAAAUCUCAGUUUAUGGAAGCUAAAAAAGGGAUCGAUAAGAGGAAGGAAGAUUCGAUCUCGAGUAGUACUGCUAAAUGUCGUGAAAUCGGGUUUAAAUUGUUGACGGAAAGGAAGGCUCCUUCGCUUAUGGAGAUGUGUAUAAAAGUUCUUGCUAAGAAUUCUGAGUCAAUCAUGUCUCUAAGUCUAGUCCCUGAUCACUUGAAGAAUAAGAUCUCGAAUCUGGUUAGUAAUUUAAGCAAAAUCGACGCACGUUUUAUGCAGCUUCUGGUUCAGGAUUCUCCUUGUGAGAUUUUCUCGAGGAACUGCGUCGAUUUACUGGAGAAAGACUUGAUUCAAAUCCUCUCUGACUGUGAUAGAGUUAGCUUGAAGGUGUUAAGUCUUGAUCUAUGCGGACGAGCCAUGACGGAAAACGCAAUAACCGAAUUCUUGAAGCGUUCUUCGCCAUAUGGAUUCCCGGCAUUGACCACACUAUCUUUAAAAGGAGCAUUCGGUUUAACGGACAAUGCAUUGGCCUUGAUAUCGAGAUCAGCUCCUCUGCUUCGGUUUAUUAACCUCUCGGAAUGCUCUUUUCUCACUUCCAAUGCUGUGAAGAUUCUUGCUGAUAACUUUGUAUCCACUCUUAGAGGGCUUAACAUUGGAGGAUGCCAAGGGAUUAAACCAUCUAAUGUUUUGAAAAGCAGCCUAAGUCGGUUCAUGAAUUUGAACUAUCUCUCGGUUGCAGGACUCGAAAGAAGUCAUGAUGUUCUUGUCGACUUCUUUAUUUCCCGUGGCACGAAUAUCACUGAUCUUUCUCUCGCUUCUUGCAAUGAGGUGACUGAUCGAACUAUCUGGACUAUUGGGAGAUAUUGUCCACAUCUAGAAGCUCUUGACAUCUCAGACUUAGAUAAUUUGACCGAUGAUUCAUUAGAAUAUAUUACCGAUGGUUGCAGAUUUUUGAACUCGGUCAAGCUUACAAAAAACCGAUUUAGUGAUGAAGCUGUUGCCGCGUUUCUUGAAGUCCGUGGAGGUUCUCUUACCCAACUCUGCCUAAACAAUGUCCGAGACGUCGGUCAAGACACUGCCAUUUCGCUUGCCAGAAAUUGUAAGAUGUUACGUCAUUUGGACCUCUCGUGGUGUCGAAAAAUCACAGAAGGAGAACUAAGACUGAUCUUGAGUUCCUGCUCAUUACUUAGAUCGCUUAAGCUAUUUGGAUGGACACAGGUGGAGGAUAGAUUUCUUGAAGAACUUUCAAGAUCACAAGUUUGUAUCACUGGAUUGAAAAUGACUUCAGUUUUCGCUAAUCUUGAUGACUCUUUCCCAAGUAUAGAUGCCAAAUUCUUCCAAUGA